AUUGGUUAGUACUAGGCUGUUGGGAGCUAAUAAAUCAAUUCGUUAGGUAUUCUUGGAUGGACUUUUGAUAGACCGACCCCUGCAAGCGCCGAAUGCUCCGGGAAGACAUGGUUGGGGCGAUAGAGCAACAUUCUGGAGGGUCAAUACAGUGGGACAGAUUCCCAUAAUGCGAACAUGUCGUGCACAAAGCGCGCGGUCGGUUCGAGGAGCUCUUUAUUUUCAAUCAGUCGAUGAAGAAGGAUUUCGGGAGGGCAUGAUCCCAUCAGGGCAGGGUAGGUGCUGCGGAUGGUAUUGAGAAAGGAUGUUUGGCACCCCGCACAUGUGUCAUGGGGGCACAUAAAUAGGACAUGAAUAACCUCCUCAACGUCGUCGUGACACAUUCUGCUGAGUCUCCUCUAAAAGGACUGGACUGGAAGCGCCAUGAAUUGUGACGACCAUCUCGCUAGGUGAUAUCCCGUUGGACGUGCCAUUUUCUACAGUGAAUAAUGUCAAUCGCGUCUGUUCCCAGAUUUCCCACCUCAGGCAACCGCCGGCACUCAGGACCCUCUGCUCCAUGGCCCUGGGUGAAUACUGAAGACGAAGUCGACAACGAACAGCUCAGAUCAGAGGCGCAUCCCAUUCCAGAGCUGUGUAGCCACGUCGACUGCAAUGACUGUUGGAAAGGCUAUCCUCAGUCACGUUUCCCGAACUGGACCCCUUUUCAAGUCAGACGUAGCCAGAUACUUCACGCCAUUGAUAAAGUCAACCAGGACAUUCCAUACGUGAUCUAUCACAUCGACGUUGACAACCGCGGCUAUUUCAUGGACUCAGGGAAGUAUGAGGUUACAGAGCAAACGAAGGGUGACUUCUGGAAGCUUCUCAUUCACCACCAGAGGCCGAUGGGCACGCGUGUCCGAGCGCUGUUCGUCGAAAACAUGUCAGGUCCAGUGCUGCAAAUGCUUGGCACAAAAUACAAUAUAGAACCGUUCUUCUUCUCAUCAUUACUAUCAUGGAUACCGUCUCGUUUCCAGGAAGAGGUUCAACCGGGAACGGGAGACCAUAUCACUAUCACGUUAAGAUUUUUCAAAACCAUGGGUGCUGUCGUCGCAAGCGACCGUUCUUCAACACCUUCUACUACGCCGUCAACAACUAGCGAGGACUUUCUCGCCCGCGAGCAAGUCAUUGAUACCCAGGUCCCAUUGGUCCUGCGGACCGGCGAUCGCUGCACCUUAGUAUGCGAUCUACUCGCAAUUCAUCUCAUUCGAAACGUAGAAGGCAAUACCCUCAUAUCAUACCAUGCCAAUAUGUCUGCCGGCACGGAAACGUCUACCCAAUACCUUCAUGAACGGAUACUCUUUGCAGGUCAGAGCGUCUAUUGGCAACGCAUACUGCAAAGAUCCUCCCAAGACCCUACAUUUAUCCUACUGAUGUUCAUUUGGCACGCCGUGUAUUCUUGGGACGAGGCCUUUGAGGCUUUGUAUACACAUAUUUGUUGGCUAGAAGGUCACGUCUUGGAUCCUCAUAGCGUCUUCCUUACGAACGAACUGCACAAUCUACGUGCGCAUCACCUACAUUUUACUUCUUCAUUGGAAGACCUAAGGAAGUCCGUUUUGUUCAUACUCAAUACUCCCAAUCCGGCUAUGGACAACCUACCCCAAUGGGAAAGGGAGUUUAGUCGGAUUCUGUUGCAGAAGGAAUGUCAAAAUCUGCUUUCAGAAGUCGACCGGCUAGAGAUGAAUCGACGCAUGCAGGAUGAACGAAUCAAAAAUUAUAUAAGCCUCGUGUUCAUCACUGCCAAUAUCUAUGAUAACAAACAUGCUAAAAAAUUGACGGAGUCUGCGGCAAAGGACAGUGCAGUGAUGAAACAAAUAGCCUUUCUCACCAUGGUCUUUCUACCCUUUUCGUUUGUUGCCACCAUUUUCGGAAUGAACGUCGGGGAGUUCAACCCUGACAGCAAAGGGACUCUAUUAAACUUCUUUGAGAUAGCGGUUGCACUGACGUUGCUAACAAUAUGGGUCGUGAUGGCUUUCAUGACCAGACAUCUCUUCAUGUUUGAGACCACAUUCUGGCUACGCUUUCUCUGGCCGUGGAUGCUGCUUAAGCAGGCGUAUCGGAACCGGAAGAGGGAGGGAGGGCCGAGGGUGUAA